CCUAGGGCCAGAACGGCCCCAGCCCAUUGGCUGAGACGCAGGAGCCAAUGAGAAGGCGCGAUGUUGACGGGGUCUUAAGAUGGCUGCCGGGCGACCCUUUCCUGACAGCUCCAGUUAAUGGGACUGCCAGCAGGCUAGACAUCCUUCGCCGGAAACUGCAGCGCUUAGUUCUGUGCCCGAGAGGGGAUUCUGCCUGUUUUGGGAUUGGAGUGGGGCAUUGCCGCCAGAAAGCCUGCAGAAUUCCCGGUUGUGCAGCCAAGCAGGAACAGGUGUACCUUACUAGACCCAUCCUCUUGCCAUCUUGGACCUUAAGAAAAGAUGUGGAGUGGGCUGCUACCUCCUGGCCUAAAUGAAAGUGAUGCUGAGUCAAACUCUGAAGAUGAAGCUACGUUGGAGAACUCUGGACUUAACUUACAGGAAGAUAAAGAGGAUGAGAGCAUCAGAAAAACAGAAAUCAUAGAUUUCUCAACAGAUGAACCACAAACUGAAACAGAGUCAAAUGUAAAUGCCUAUGAAGAGUGUCCUUCUGGAAUUCCCGUAGAUAUGUGGAAUAAAUUUCAAGAAUUGCAUAAAAAACAUACUGAACAGAAAAGCACAACCUCAAGAUUCAGAGGGAAAAAAAGAAAACGCUCCAGAAAAGAUAAAUCGAAGAAUGAAAAAGAAUCUCAUAGUGAAACAUCCUCAAAUGAAACCCAAUGGAAGGAGCUUACUCAGUAUUUUGGAGUCAAUGAUAGAUUUGACCCACCUGUUAAAAGGAAAAAAGUUGAGAAGUCAGGCCUUGAAAAGAGGAUAGACCAGGCUGUGGAGGAGUGGAAUAUUGAGAAGGCUGAGGAACUUAGCAACCAGCUAGCUACUCGAGAGCUUGGUGUAAAAAUUGCCAAAGCAGUUGCCUGCCACAACUUUGUAAAAGCCAAAAAAGAGGUUGAAAAUUCACAGGCUGCCCGAAAAAAGAAGAAACUCGCAUGGGGAUUUGAAGCAAAGAAGAGAUGGGAAACCAAAAGCAACAUGGGAUACAUGUAACUUGCCAGAGUGCUUCAAGACAUUUGUAGACUCAGAUGCUCAAUUUACUGAGAAUGUUUUCCUGCCUGUGUUAAUACCUCAGAAAAUUGAUAGCACUAAAACAAAAAUAAACAUAAAAUUUGAGAUUUUGAUUAUCA